GGUGCAAGAAGAAAGAGGCUACUUCUCCUUAGUCAUGGAUCUUAAACAACAUACCAAAACCAAACCUAAUCGGGUUCAGUUGCGAACGGUGUCGUUUGCUUCUCCCUAUUGUUCGUAUUCACUUUGCCAUUGACAUUGACAACGAUUCCAACUACAGACCACUAAAGUGAAAAAUUUCUCAGUCACAAAAAUUUCUUAACUCCCUUUUUCUCCUUGUCUAUAUUUCCCUUCGUCUUGUCACUCUGCAAAUCCAUUUCCCAGCUUUCAUCUUGAAUUUGAGACAUCAAUCUGCGCUGUGCUAUUUGGAAAGUUCACACCUAUUUUACUUACUGGUUGACUUUUUGUGAUAGAGAUCUGUGUACCACUGCAGAUUCUCCCAUGGAUCUUGUGCAUUUGAAUAAUGUUGCUCGAGUAACAACAUCCUGAUUGAAGAAUUCCUUUGACAGAUGUCAGAAACUGACUUGGCAGUUAUUAAACCCGAGAUGAUGAAGCCUUAUGUCUGGCUUCAGACUUCAGAUGAUUCAAUCCAACAAGUGGAACAAGAAAUUGCAAUGUUUUGCCCACUUAUAUGUCAAGAAAUAAUACAAAAAGGCUUGGGAUCUUCCAAGAACUGUGCAAUAUGUCUUCCUCAACAAGUCAGUCCUGCCAUGUUGAGCUUAAUUCUUGAUUAUUGUCGUUUUCAUCAAGUACCAGGCCGGUCAAACAAGGAACGUAAAUCUUAUGAUGAGAAAUUUGUUAGGAUAGACACAGAGAGGCUAUGUGAGUUGACAUCUGCUGCAGACAGCCUUCAGUUAAAACCGUUAGUCGAUCUAACCAGCCGUGCACUUGCUCGAAUAAUUGAAGGGAAGACGCCAGAGGAGAUACGUGAUAUAUUUCAUUUGCCAGAUGAUCUUACAGAGGAAGAAAAGCUGGAGCCAUUGAGAAAUAUAACUGCUGACCCAAGGAUCAGGCUUUUGAACCGUUUGUAUGCAAAAAAGAGAAAAGAACUAAAAGAGCGUGAAAGGUUAAAGGUGCCACCAAAUUGUUUCUUUAUCUUCAACGCAUUUUAUGUCAUGCUGUCAAUGUCAGUUCUGGCCCUUAUUCCUUGGGUUAAAUAAGUUGUUGGUACCUCCAAAAUUGGCCCAACUUUUAGUAAAUGUGUUAGUUUGAUCCUAGCAGUUACUGUGUACUUUUGAAUUAAUGGUGUUAACAUGUUAAUUUUGGCAAUGUCACAUGUCAACAUACCUGCAAAUAUUUGAUUAAGAUGAUUACAUGCCAACACUGUUAAUUUUAAAGUAACAAAGUUGAUGUCAGGACCAAGUUAACAUAUUUAUUAAAUAUUAGGCAUAAAAACGCUAAAAAACUUUGGAAGUACCAAAAACUUGUUUAACCCUAUUCCUAAAUUAGGUAUUUCUGUUUGAACUUUUAUUUCAGAACUGUGCUGAUCGGUGUUGCCAGUGGUGUAUUGCAUUAACUGUCAUAGUUUUAUGAGAUUGCAUACUAUCAUGUUUUAAGCAAGGUAGCAAUGUUGGAGAAAAUGUAAAUUUCUUUUGAUGAAAGAUUUUCAUAAAUAUGAACAGAAAAUUUAUGGUUUAAAAACAUUAGUGGUCCCUAUGACUUUAUCUUUAGGUGUUACUCCAUCUAAUAUAUCAAACAUUGAUUGAAAUGGUGCAUCUUGUAGGGCAAGUGGCCAUAUUGCUAUUAAUCUGAACUGUAACCUAACUUUUGAAACUAUAGACCUUAAACUACACUUUCGAAGUAUAGGGACUUAAACCAAAACAGAAGUAAGUUAUAGGGAUAACAGUUGUAUUUAAACCCAAGAUUAUGAAGAGAAAGGACAAUAAACUAUCAUCAUCAACCAAAUGAAGAAAAAGGAA